AUGUUAUCUGGAUGGAGCACACAUGGUGUUUUAUCUUGCCCUAUAUGUAUGGAUCAAAGCAAAGCAUUUUACUUGAAAGAAGGGAGGAAGCCAUCUUUUUUUGAUUGUCAUCGUCAAUUUUUACCAAGUGAAAAUCCUUUUCGAAAGGAUAGGAAGUCAUUUAAAAAAGGUAAAGUUGAGAAGUCAUCUCCUCCAAGAAGAUUAUCAGGUGAAGGAGUUUUGGAAAAAGUGUGUCACUUUCCUUCUGUUAUGGAAAAAAUUGGGACAAACAAGCUUUCAGGUUUUGGGGACGAACACAAUUGGACCAAAUGGAGUAUAUUUUGGGAGUUGCCAUAUUGGCACACAAAUCUUAUAAGACAUAAUCUUGAUGUGAUGUACAUUGAAAAAAAUAUGUUUGACAACAUAUUCAACACUGUCAUGGAUGUUAAUGGUAAGACAAAAGAUAAUAUAAAUGCAAGAAAAGAUCUUUCUUUGUAUUGUAAUUGUCCAAAUUAUGAGUUGAAAAUAAAUGUUGAUGGUAAGAUUAGCAAGCCUAUAGCACCUUACACCUUAGGAAAGGAAAAGAAGAAGAUGGUAUGUGAAUGGGUUACAAAUUUAAGGCUUUCUGAUGGAUAUGCAUCAAAUUUAUCUAAAUGUGUUGACAUUCAAGCUCUUCAAAUGUCAAAAAUGAAAAGUCAUGAUUGUUAUGUUUUCAUGGAGAAGUUGCUACCAAUUGCAUUAAGGGACUUAAUUCCAGAGGCAAUUUGGAAUGUCAUAACUGAAGUUAGCAUGUUUUUUAAAGAUUUAUGUUCAACUAUAUUGCAAGUAGAGCAAAUGCAAAAGCUAGUGGAGAAUAUUGUUGUCACACUUUGCAAAUUGGAGAAAAUAUUCCCCCCAGGAUUCUUUGAUUCUAUGGAACACUUACCAAUUCAUCUUCCAUAUGAAGCAAUGGUUGGUGGUCCGGUACAAUAUCGAUGGAUGUAUCCAUUUGAGAGGGUUUUACAUGACUUGAAAAAGAUGGUAAAAAAUAAAGCUCGUGUGGAAGGUUCAAUUUGUGAAGCUUACUUGAUGCAAGAAAUUUCAAACUUCUGUUCAUAUUAUUUUCUUCCUCACAUUGAAACCAAGCUAAGCAAAGUAGGUAGAAAUGAUAAUGGUGGCGAGGUUACUGCACCAGAUGGAUGCCUUUCAAUAUUUACUCAUCCGGGUCGGGCUAGUGGAAAGAUGCGUAAAAGGCAUUUAAGUGAUGAGGAAUUCAAUGCAGCUACAAUAUAUGUGCUUUUAAAUUGUGUUGAGAUUGAGCCAUUUUUAAAGAUUUUUGAAGAUGAAUUGGUGGUAGAAAAUCCCAACAUAACUGAGGAAGAGAUUGAGAGGAAGACAAACAAUGAGUUUGCAAAGUGGUUAAAUACAUAUGUAUUUGAUCAAAAAAAUGGUGUACUUGAUAGUAGAGUAAAGUACUUGGCUUCUAGUCCUUUUCGAGAAGUGCAUACAUGGCAUCAAUAUAAUGUCAAUGGGUACAGAUUUCAUACAAUGGCAUAUGGCUCAAAUAAAACAACCAUGAACAGUGGUGUUUGCAUUAAAGGAAAGUGUUAUGGUGAUUUGGAGAAUGACUACUAUGAGUUGUUAAAUGAUAUAAUUGAAUUAGAAUAUCAUAACCCAAGUUUAAAAAGAACAACACUUGUGUUGUUUAAGUGUGAUUGGUUUGACCCUAUUAUCAAUAAGAGAUGGAAGGUACGUAAGCAAUUUGGUUUAGUUGAUAUUAAUCACAAAAGGAGGUUUAUGAAGUAUGAACCUUUCAUAUUAGCUGAACAAUCUCAACAAGUAUAUUUUGCUGAAUAUGCUAGUAGGAAAAAGGAGAGAGCUGAUUGGUGGGUUGUAUAUAAAGUAAAAGCUGGAAGUAUGAUUGACUCACCAGAUUUGGUUUAUCAAGAGGAUGAAGUGUUUGAGCUGAUUGAACCUGAUGUAAAUGAUAGGCUUGAUCAUUUGAGUGUAGAAAUUGAACAUGAAGAGGAACUUGUGGAUGUUCAAGAUCUUAAUUGUGAAAUAAUUGAUGAUCAACGGCAUUUAAGUUGUGGAGACACAGAAGAAUCUGAAUUUGAGACUCAAGAGGAAGAUAGUGAAGAGGAAAGUGAUGAAAAUAUCCAAUAUGAGGAGGAAGAUGAAGAAUCAAACUAAUAAACAAUGCCUAGAGGAAGAGGUCAAAGAGGAAUAUUAUGAGAUAGAGGAUGCAGACAUGCUGAAAGGAGUGAAGAUAAUACUAGCACACUAUGUAGCCAAGAGUAUUCAGAAGAAGUUGUGAACACACAUGCUGGAAGUGUUCGACUGCACUUAUGUGUUGUUGGGAAAGGGGAUUCGUUAUCCUCACAUGAUGCAGUUUGCGAUAUCACCAAAAUAUUUAAAAAAUCAUUCUCAGGUGUAUGGCCCACUUGGACUUCCAUCCCAUCUCAUGUUAGAGACCAAUGGCUUGACGAACUAAAUGUAUGUUAAUUCUUCAUUUUUAAUUGUCAUGGAUAAAUCUAGAAAAACCUGGAUAAACCUGAUCCUUGGGACUAUUUAGCUUUAAUUGUCCUUUUCUGUUACACACACACAUAGUGCAUUCUUGUAGUACUAUGUUGGCCUUUUUUUAAAACCCCCUUUUCUAUAUAUGCACACUUCUACUCUAACAAGUCAAGUUAGUCAUGUUGCGUGUUUAACUUCAGUGUUUCAUUUUAUCCUAACUAAUUUUGGAUUAUUUGUUUGAGUUCAAGUCUCACUUGGAUUAGGAAAUUGGUGUUUUAAAGUGACUAAAAAUAGGACGUUGGCUUGUGCUGACCAUAAAAUAUUGAUUUUGUAUUCAGCAACCACAAGAAGUAAGAACAAUACAGUUUGAAGUUUAUGUUAUUCCUUUUCUCCUUUUAUUAUUCUCUUAGAAUAUAAAAACAUAAAGCUCCUUGUUUUCCACUUGAAUAUUGGGAGAAAAGUAAAGAAGGUAGAAAUACUAGUUUAUAUAUGCAUAAAACCUCAACAAUAAGUCACCAUAGAUUAAAACCACUAGAGGUGCAUGUAUAGCUACACUUGAUUGAUGUUAAGACCUGGUAAAAAGGACCAAGAGGGUAAAAGUCAUACUCUUUAUUGACUGCAUCCGCAUCUGGAAUUGGAACUAGUGGUUUAAUUUCCCAAUUUUUUUGUGUACCGGGUACUGUCAACAAUUGCCUUAAUGAUAAUCUACAAUAAGGAUGAAAAAUCUAAUAAAAUUAUAGAGACAAAGUGCAAACAUAAACAAUCUUUCAAAUGAGUUUUCAAUAUAAAGAAGCUGUGUACUUUUACUUUCCUUUAUAUCUCUUAUCUGAUUGUCAUAUACUAGUAUCCUUUAUAUUGUAUUUCUGUUCCUACUUUUCUGCUGCUGUUAGGAUAAGUUUUAUUUUAUUCAAUUUUGCAAGCCUAUCUCUUGGGAUCUUAUAGGAAAUAAUCAAGGAAAUAACUUGUUUAUUUUGUUUUGUAAAUAAAGUGAAACUAACAUUCAAACAUAAGUGCUUAACUCUUAAGUUUGAUAUAUUUUAGCUGCUUUUCUCUCUUCAUUGUCUAUAUUGUGUACAUGUAUUGGUGUAUUCUUAUAUUGCUUGCUCUUUGUUCCUUACUCUACUAUUAGACUAUUUUCUAUAACUUUUGAGCUUAUGUGCUACUUUUAAUUUAGAGAUUAUAUCAUUGGGAGGAAAAUGAAACAAAGAUAAUAAGAUAUGCCUAUGAAGCCAUUGGCUCUAGAUGACUUAGUGAUAUUCUUGGAAAAGAAAGGAAAAAGCAUAGGGAAAAUGAAAAUUAUGUUCCCAAUUGGAUAAGUGGAGCUCACUGGAAUGAACUUGUGCGGUAUUGGAAUACCCCAAAAUCUAAAAAGAUUUCAACAAUCAAUUCAAACAAUGGAUUGGCAAAUCCAUCUCUUCAUACAGGAGGAUCUAUUCCCACACAUUUGCAUGUUGCAAAAUUGGAAAAAAGCACUGGAAAGAGAGUGAUGUUGUCCCAAUUAUAUGUGGCUACACAUAAGAAAAAGAAAGACAAUCAAUGGGUUGAUAAGAAAUCAAAAAACACCUAUGUAAGUUUAGAUUCUCAAAUUAAAAUGAUAUCUUCAUGUUUUGAUUAUUUAUUAAUUCAUUUGAACUUUUUAAGUAACAUUCAAGAAAGAUAUUCAACAAGCUGCUGGAAUUCUGAAGAGAUUAUUGAGGAGGAAGAUGGACAACAAGGAAAUAGUGAUGCUGCUGUAGGACUUGAAAAUGAACAUGCAGGGGAACAGCCAACCCAACAAGUUGCAAAUGAUGACUUUCUUCAAACUCAAGCCUCUCUCCCUUCAAAAGAAGUGGCUCAAGCAUGGUUGAAGGCUAUCGAGGGGACAAAAAAAAGUGGUAAAGUUUAUGGAUUGGGAUCACAUGCUGCUAUAGUAUGUGGCUUUGCUGGCAACUCUGUAUUCCACAUUAACAAUGCUCCAUCUCCUGCUGCUCCCCAAUCUACAAUUAUAGAUAAUGUUGUUCAAACGCCUGCAUUUGAAGAAGCUAUUAACCGUGCUAUAGAAGAAAGGGUACAACGUGUUCUUGAAGAAAAGAUGAACUAAGCAUUAAAUCAAAGAUUGUCAGAUAUAAGACUUUCAAUACAACAAGACAUAUUUGGGGCUAUUCGAACUCUAGGUGAAAAGGUCUCAACUCCACAGCAAAAUGCCAAUAGCUCUAAUUCCUCUAGGCAACAAGAUUCUAAUCAUGAUUGUGCAAAAUAACUUAUGUAUGAAGUGUUUUGAACUUGCUAUGUACUUUUUUUGUAUUUUGCAUAACUCUCUAUGUAUGAAGUAGCUUGAACUUUAUGACUAUAAUUGAUAUAGUAUUAAAUUUUUGUUA